AUGGAUUUAAGAGAAUAUUUACAACAAAAUCGUAACCUUACAUGGAAAGAAAAAAUUGAUAUUAUUUUUUAUAUAAUUAAUGCACUUUCUCAAAUUCAUAAUGAGAAUGCAAUUCAUAGAGAUUUACAUUCUGGAAAUAUAUUAUUUUCCCAACUUAAUCAAGAAUUUUAUAUCAGUGAUCUUGGAUUUUGUGGACCAGCCGACAAAAAAUUAGAUAAUAUAUACGGGAAUCUAUCUUAUGUAGCUCCAGAAGUUAUUUUUAAAAAAGAAACCAAUUUCGCAUCUGAUAUUUAUAGUAUUGCAAUUUUAAUGUGGGAAAUUUCGUCCGGGCAAUCACCUUUUAUUAAUUACGCUCGUGAUUACUAUUUAGCAACGGAAAUAAUGAAUGGGAUGAGACCGAAAAUAAUGUCAAGUACACCUCUAGAAUAUAAAAAAUUAAUGGAGCAAUGUUGGCACGCUGAUCCAACAAAAAGACCUGAUAUCAAUAGUCUUCAUAAUAAAAUUUUUGAAAUAAGAAAAUUAUAUUAUCAAAAUAAUCAAUACGAAAAUAAUAAGCAACAUCAAACAUGUAACGAUAAUAUAGUUACAAGUAGUAAUUAUACAAGCGCUACUAGUAUUUAUUCAUCAGAUAACAAUUCUAGUAAAUUCGGAAAUUUACUUGAAAUAAGAACUGUUACCGAAGCUCAUCGUAGUCAGGAUAAUUUUAGCAUUCCGAACAAAAUUGAAGAUAUCGGGAAUAAUUCACUAUCUAGUAAAAAUAAUUAAGGAUGACAUAUAUCAUAUAGUUCCAGCACCACUACAAGAAAG